UCCAUCGCAGCUCCGUUCUCCAAGCCGCUGGUCACCUGGGGCCCAGAGUCGGCCCUGAAGCCUGGCGAUGCGGUGGCCCUCAGCUGCGUGGCGUACGGAGGUUACCCUGAGGCAGAGGUGCUCUGGCAGGACGGAGCCGGACACAAUCUGACUGACAACGUCACCGUCUCACAGGUGGCCAACGAGGAGGGUCUGUUCAGCGUGAAGAGCGUCCUGACGGUGAUCCUGGAGCCCAGCAGCACUUACAGCUGCAGACUGAGCCAGCCGCUGCUGGGAGAAGAAGCACAGGCGUCUGUCACCAUCAGCGCUCAGGGUCUGGUGUUUCCUCCGCUGGCGCUCUGGCUGACCGUGGCUCUGGCUGUGUGUUUGCUGGCUCUGCUGGUCGCUCUGGCCGCCGUCUGCCACAGGAAGAUCAGAGAGAGCUGUGAGGAGAUGAGAGCCGAGGAAGAAGCCAAAGAACUCGAGGAGGCCAAAGAAUUAGAAGAAGCCAAAUCAGCUGCAACACCUCUAAAGAGCUAAAGUUGGAGACCGCAGGGCGAAGCCGGACCAUCAGUGAUUGACAUGAGCAGAAACCUUCCGUCCGAUCCAGCAUCAUAAGGGAUUCACACUCACGUGUUUCACGCACAGAUAGUACAACUUUACAUUUUGCCGUUUCGCUUCAUUGAUUAAAGCUCUUCUUUCACAUUCCCCGCUCGUUCCUAAACGCCGUCAGAAGCGAUAAACUCAUCCCGUCCUCGCGUGUUUCUCGUCCGUGUUAAAGGGAAAUCAUCUGGAGGAGCAUUGGGUCUGACACCAGCGCCGCAUCAGGACAGAUGCUCGGACCUAAUGGAAAGUGAGUAGCUUAAGAAAGCAGCGGCGAAGCGUCAGCGGUGCUCUCUUUUCCCACCCGCUACGUCCCGGCCUAAUUAAUGCCUGCCCAAGAACUAACUCGUCUGCCGGCUCCGCAGAAAUCCAAUAACUUCAGCCAGCAAUUUAUGUGGAACACCAGCGAAGCUCCAGCAAACUCCAAAUGGUGCAUUCAACUCCACUGCAUUUUGAAAUCCUAUUUGUUUUUUAUAAAUUGUCAGGUAAUUUGAAUAUUGCAUAUAUUGGAAUUUGAAAUGUGUCAAAAUAAUCAGAGGCCUUACUGCAAACAUGUUGUGCCUGUCUUUUAUUACAUAUAGAAAUAAAAA